AUGGAGGGCAUCCUGGAGGAGAACCCAUCAAGCCAGGACGACUCCCAACCGCGUCGCCCGACCUCAGAACACCAUGAAGCCACAAACCAAGCAAAAAUAGCAAGUACCAUCCACCACGCGAACAAACACGUCACCACGGACCCACAACAUCCUGAGAAAGCCAGGGACAAAGCGGCACAAAUCAUCCAGGAUCUCUGUCUCCGGGUCCAAGAACUUGAAGGCAAACUAACUAACAGAGAAAAACACAAUAACGAGCACGGAAGCCAGGCAACUUCCAGGUCAAGAUCCCACCGCGGCAGGUCGCCAACUCGGCAACACGAUAGGAGAGAAGAUCGCAGCACCUCACGCAACCACCGACACGAAAAAUCGCCAGAACGGCGAUACAACAAGAAACACCACCGCAGCGCUUCUCGGGAUCUAAGUCGUCAACACAAUUCGGACGAGGACCGGAGAUACCAAAGCACCAAACGCACGAGAAGCGAUCACACCAUAAUGGGAGCUACACCCUUCACAGAAAGAAUCUUAAGAGCGAAACUCCCCAAAGGUUUCGACAAACCUACCGACAUGAAGUAUGAUGGAACCAAGGACCCUCAGGAACAUCUAACGGCCUUCGAGGCCAGAAUGAACCUAGAAGGAGCGGCCGACGCAGUCCGGUGCAGAGCCUUCCCGGUAACCCUUGCCGGACCGGCAAUUAAAUGGUUCAACGCCCUCCCGAAUGGGUCCAUAGCCAGCUUCCACGACAUAGCACGAAAAUUCAUGGCCCAGUUCACGACCAGAAUCACCAAAGCCAAACACCCCAUCAGCUUGUUAGGGGUCACACAAAAGCUAGACGAAUCCACAAGAAAAUACCUCGACCGCUUCAAUGACGAAUGCCUAACAGUCGACGGACUCACGGACUCCGUUGCCAGCCUCUGCCUAACUAACGGGCUCAUGAAUGAAGACUUUCGCAAACAUCUCACCACUAAACCAGUAUGGACCAUGCACGAAAUCCAAAACGUCGCCAAAGAUUACAUCAACGACGAGGAAGUCAGCCAGGUCGUCGCUGCCAACAAACGGCAGCACGUCGCUACCCAACACGGCAACCCGACUCCCCGUCAUAACCCACCACCCAAAGAGAACCAACGAGACCACCUUAAACCAACCCACCGACCACCAAGAAUAGGAAAAUUCUCCAAUUACACCCCCCUAACAGCACCAAUUACUGAGAUAUACCACCAAAUAGCAGAUCGAGGUAUCAUCCCCAAAGCCCGACCACUCAAGGAAAGGACAGGAGGAAACAAAGCCCUCUACUGCGAUUACCACCGAGGAUACGACCACAAAACACAAGAUUGUUUCGACCUUAAAGACGCCCUCGAGCAGGCCAUACGAGACGGCAAACUCCCAGAGUUCGUCAAAUUCAUCAGAGAACCAAGGCGCGCCGAUAGAGACAAGUCACCAGAAAGAGAAGGACGCAACCCGAGAACACAAAAGCCGCCCCCCAGGGAAAACCCCGAAGAGGAUCCGACCAUCAUAGUGAACGUCAUCACGGGCAAAGACGUAUCGAAUAAGUCAAAACUAACAAUGAAAAAAGACCUCAAAAUAAUGGCCGUCAGGCACCACGACCCAGUCACCAUAGCCGACAGCACGAUAACUUUCUUGCCGGAAGACUGCCAACACGGCACCUCGGCCGAAGACGCCCCCUUCGUCAUAUCAGCCCGAAUCGGAACAGGGCUAGUAAGAAGAAUACUGGUGGACACUGGCGCCGACUCUAACAUCCUCUUCCGAGGAGCUUUCGACAAACUCGGGCUCCGCAACGACAACCUCCAAACACACCGCCACGGCGUCACGGGCCUCGGAGACAACUUCCUCAAACCAGACGGCUCGGUUACCCUUCCCAUCACCAUAGGAACAAGCAACCAGAGAAAGACGAUCUUAUCCGAAUUCGUAGUCCUGAAAGACUCCACAGCCUAUAACGUCAUUCUCGGGAGGAAAACAAUCAACGACUUCUCUGCAGUCAUCUUCACCAAAUACCUCCUCAUGAAGUUCAGGGCCGAUGACGGCACCAUCGGAACCAUUCACGGAGACCGGGAAGUCGCAGCCGAAUGCGACAACAAUAGCUUAGCCCUAAGGAAAAAAUCCCGGGACGCAGCCGGAAUAUUCCUUGCCGACCUAGACGCACGACUAGACGGUCAACCUAGACCGGAACCAGAAGGAGACAUGGAAAAGCUACAGAUAGGGCCAACCAAAGAAGAAUACACUUUCAUCAACAGAAACCUCCCGUACGACCUCAAAGAAGAACUCUCCCAACUUUUGAAACAAAACAGAGACCUGUUCGCAUUUACACCAGCCGAUAUGCCGGGAAUAAACCCCGACCUUAUGUCUCACCAUUUGGCAGUAGACCCCCUAGCCAAACCAGUGGCACAAAGAAGACGGAAAAUGUCACCAGACCGAGCCGCCGAGGUCCGAAAACAGGUGAAAACCCUACUCGAAGCCAACUUCAUCCGAGAACUCCCUUAUACGACCUGGCUAGCCAACGUCGUACUGGUAAGAAAAUCUAACGGGAAAUGGCGAAUGUGCGUCGACUACACGGAUCUCAACAAAGCAUGCCCGAAGGACGCCUUCCCCCUACCGAACAUCGACGGGCUAGUGGAUGCGGCAUCCGGCCACCGAUACCUCAGCUUCAUGGACGCAUAUUCCGGCUACAACCAGAUCCCGAUGCACCGACCAGACGAAGAAAAAACAGCAUUCAUCACCCCGGAAGGAACCUACUGCUAUAGAGUAAUGCCCUUCGGCUUAAAAAACGCCGGAGCCACCUACCAGCGACUUGUUAACAAGAUAUUUCGCAACCUAUCCGGAAACAAAAUAGAAGUCUACAUUGAUGAUAUGCUCGCCAAGACGGAAUCCGGAGAGCAACUAACCGACGACCUCAAGGUAAUAAUGAACACCCUGCGAAAGCACCAAAUGCGACUCAACCCAACAAAAUGUGCCUUCGGAAUGGAAGCAGGAAAAUUCCUCGGCUUCAUGAUCACGCAACGCGGAGUUGAGGCAAACCCGGAAAAAUGCCGUGCCGUCCUUGAGAUGACAAGUCCCAAAAACCUCAAAGAAAUCCAAAAACUCACCGGCCGACUAACCGCGCUAUCCCGGUUCCUCGGGGCAUCGGCCCAAAAGGCAAUCCCUUUUUUCAAACUUAUGAAAAAAGGAAUCCCUUUCAAAUGGGAGAUAGAAUGCGAAGAAGCUUUCCAACACUUCAAAAGGAUUCUAACGGAACCUCCAAUCCUCGCAAAACCCCAAACAGGGGAAACACUAUACCUAUACCUCUCCAUAACAGAAGAAGCAAUCGCAGCAGCACUCGUCCGGGAAAACGAGAAAAAGGAACAAAAACCCAUAUACUUCAUAAGCAAGGUCCUACAGGACACAGAAGCCCGCUAUUCACGCUUAGAAAAGCUAGCUUUCGCACUCCUCUCGGCAUCCCGACGGCUACGACAAUACUUCCAAGCCCACCCCAUAACGGUCCGAACCGACCAAGCGGUCAAACAAGUAUUACAAAAACCCGACCUGGCAGGAAGAAUGUUAGCAUGGUCUAUCGAGUUAUCCCAAUUCCAGAUCAGGUUCGAACCCCGAAACCCCAUCAAAGCACAGGCCUUGACCGACUUCAUCGCUGAAAUGACUCCGAUCAAACUCACCCCCGAACCAUGGAAACUGCACGUAGACGGCUCAUCAAACUCCACUCACGGAGGCGCCGGAAUUAUACUCGAAAACCAAAACGGGAUCAUAAUUGAACAAUCAAUAAGAUACGACUUUCCAGUAUCAAAUAACCAAGCAGAAUACGAAGCCCUCUUAGCAGGACUGAACCUAGCCCGGGAAGUCGACGCCAAGGUACUCGAAGUAAAUACCGAUUCCCAGGUAGUGUGCUCCCAAAUCAACGGAAGCUACCAAACCCGGGACCCCCUACUCCAACAAUAUCUAAAUAAAGUGAGUGAAUUAAAAGGAGAAUUCGAAAACGUCACCAUACAACACGUCCCCAGGGAACGAAAUGCCAGGGCGGACCUGCUCUCCAAGCUAGCCAGUACGAAGUCGGGACACGGCAACAGAUCACUAAUCCAGGAGGUCGUUAAGUCGCCUUCCGUAUCGACAAUAAUCAACGCACAUCUAACAUCCUCAAACCGGGAGUCUUGGACAUACCCUAUCUUACAAUACCUCCUCGACGGAACCCUACCACCAGACCCAAAAGAGGAAAGGCGAAUAAAAAGAGAAGCCGCCAACUACACCAUCAUAGCAGGACAACUAUACAAACGCGGAUUCUCGCAGCCCCUACUCAAAUGUGUCGAACCCGGGAACACGGAAUACAUACUCCGCGAGAUCCACGAAGGCUGCUGCGGUCACCACAUCGGAGGAAAAACGCUAGCUCAAAAAAUCAUCAGGGCUGGCUAUUUCUGGCCCACGAUCAUUCGAGAUUCCAUACAAUUAACAAAAAGCUGCGACAAAUGCCAAAGGCAUGCCAAUAUCCACCAAGCCGCCCCACACCAACUCAGCAUUAUAUCGGCAGAACGGCCAUUCGGCAGUUGGGGAAUCGACCUCGUCGGGCCCUUCCCCACAGCACCCGGCCAACUCAGAUAUCUCGUCGUCGCCAUAGACUACUACACCAAAUGGAUUGAAGCCGAGCCCCUGGCCUCCAUAACAGCGACCCAAUGUCGAAAAUUCGUCUGGCGGCAUAUCAUUACCCGAUUCGGAAUCCCCGAAGUCAUCAUCUCAGACAACGGAACCCAGUUCACUGACAAAAAAUUUAGAGAACUCCUAGAAGGAUUGCACAUAUCCCAUCGCUUCAGCUCGGUAGAACACCCCCAAACAAACGGACAGGUGGAAUCCGCCAACAAAAUAAUCAUUAAAGGACUCAAGAAACGACUCGACGAAGCCAAGGGACUAUGGGCAGAUGAGUUGGGAUCAGUCCUAUGGUCGUACCGAACAACACCCCAAACGAGCACGGGAGAAACGCCCUUCCGAUUAACAUACGGCGUAGAAGCAGUCAUCCCAGUGGAAAUCGGGGACCCCAGCCCCAGAAAAACGGUCGGAGGUAACGACGAAGAAGCAGAACGAGACCUCAUGGACGAAGAAAGAAGCAUAGCUCACGUCAAAGAGUUAGCACUCAAACAAAGAAUCAGCCUAAGGUACAAUCACGGCGUUAUCCGACGAGAAUUUGCGGACAACGACCUCGUCCUACGACGAAACAAUAUCGGUCCCCCGACCCCGGGAGAAGGAAAGCUCGCCCCCAACUGGGAAGGGCCAUACAGAAUCAAGGCCGUAAUUGGAAAAGGAGCAUAUAAACUCGAACGACUAGACGGCAGCGAAAUACCAAGAACUUGGAACGCAGCCAACCUACGAAGAUACUACACUUAA